AUGAGCUCCGUCGGAGCGGGUUCAGCGGCCGCUGGCCGCGGUAACAGGAACAUGGCUUCUGCCGAACAGGACUACCAAGUUAUCCUGCCAACGCUUCCAACAAUUGCAACAAUUUUGAAUACUGCUUUUUUGCACGCCGAUGUGACCAUGAGGCCAUACCGUCUGGAACGUUUUCGUGACGCCCUGGUUGGCCUGGCGCUGCUCCCCGAGGUGCUCGCCUUGGGGGCGUACCAGUACAACCACGUUUGGGCCGUCACCUUCAAGAGUGUCGAGGGCAAGAAAAAACUGCUCGCCGCCGGGGAUUUCACAGUCAAGGAAGGACGGUGCGUCGUUGUCGACCCAAGCAACCAGGACACGCGGCUGAAGCUCCACUGGCUGUUGCACCAAGUCCCGGACGACGAAGUGCGAGUGGCCUUGGCGCCCUACGGAAAGGUGACGGAAGUCGCCAGAGACGUGUGGCGGGCCCAGGGGUGCGCCGGCAUGUUGUCCACGACGCGCUCGGUGUCCAUCAGGCUCAAGGCCGGACUCACCGUGGACUCCCUCCCUCAUCAGCUGCGCGUCGCUGGGGACCUGGCGCUCGUGGUUGUACCGGGCAGGGCGCCGCUGUGCCUUCGGUGCCGAGGGAAAGGCCACAUUCGUCGAGAGUGCCGUGUACCGCGUUGUGCUCUCUGUCGUCGCUUCGGCCACGAAGACAGCCAGUGCAUAAGGACGUACGCUAGCGUCACGGGGCCCGUGGGGAAUGAGGACACGUCCGAGCUACUCAUGGAUGUGGUCGAGUCCCAAGAAGCAGCCGGAGGCGAAGGUGGCGAGCCUCCUACAGAGGCGACGCCCACCGGGCUUUCCGCCGGGGACAGAGCCGACGGCGGGAACGACGGUGAGCGACGCCGUCAUCCUGAGGCGCUGCCUGUGGACGGUACCCCUGCUUCGAAAGGUGUCACAGAGACCGCAGUUUCGGCUGUGGCGGCGACGCCCAGCGAGGAGUCGGAAGCCAUGAGUGUCGGGGAGGCAGGCUCCAGCGGCGCAGUCCCCAAGCGGGCUCGCGAAGACGUCGACGAAGGUCUAAUCUUAAGUGCGGUCCUUCCCGAGGAACCGCCCCGAAAAGCGACUCCUACCAAAGCUGCCCUGGUCAUCCGUCCGUUUCUGACGAAGUCGGAGCUGGUAUUUGUCAUGACUGAAGACUUUGCGACCAUCUAUUAG